GGAGGCGAUAAAAAGAUUUGUCGAGUGACGAUAGAGAGAAAUGGAAAAAUGAGUCGUUCCCUCCCCACCACAUAACCAAAACCGUGUGUUCGUUGACGCAUGAUGUUCAAGGGGAAUCGUCGUCGCGGCGUGUUGCAGUAUCGACAAGGAUAAAGAAAAAAAAAGAAAGGCCUUCCGACGAAUGACAGCACGCAAAACCGAUCACGCGGCCGAACCGGGAGGUGUGCUUUCGGUCGGUGUCAUAGACCGUGUAUGUGUUCCUAUACGUGUGUGCGUUACGGCAGUAUCUCACAACAAAUAUGUCGUGGUGGGGAGUACGUUUUUCCGUUCGCCGUUUCGCAUAUUUCUUCCCCCGCAUUAUUAUUAUGUAGUUUGGCAUAGGUGAACCCCUGCUGCAUGCUCGUUUCGAUUGAAAAAAAACGGUGCAGAUAAUCAAGGAUAUAUACUCCUUCGGAAGGACGGCCUGACACGGAAGAAACGCCGGAAGGAAGGAAGAGGGUAGCAGGGUAGCAAGAUGGCGGGAUCCUUAACGUGGUCGUGUACUUGUUGCCUGCGUUUCAAGUUCAGCCCCGAGGAGAUCGAGCAGCGUUACAAAAGUCAAGAAAUCGAUCGGAUGCUGGAGAAAGAUCGUCAAGCACUCCGACGGCAGGUCAAGUUGCUGCUCCUCGGGGCGGGUGAGAGCGGAAAGUCGACAUUCCUCAAACAGAUGCGAAUUAUUCACGGAAUUAAAUUUGAGCCUGAAUUAAUUAAGGAAUAUCAACAUGUAAUUUAUCAAAAUAUAAUUAAAGGAAUGAAGGUAUUGGUAGAUGCUCGUGAUAAGUUAAAUAUUCCAUGGGAAAAUCCUAAAAACUAUGAUAUUGGUUAUCAGUUAUUGAAGGUUGAAAAUACUAUGGUAUUAGAUGCUAGAUUGUUUCUCCAUUAUGUACCAGCCUUACAAAGUUUAUGGAAAGAUGCAUCGAUCAAACAAGCCUUUGAUAGGAGAAGAGAAUUUCAAUUAAGUGAUUCAGUUCAGUACUUUUUGGACAGUCUUGAUAGGAUUGCUAGAAUGGAUUACGUACCUACACACCAAGAUAUCUUGCACUGUAGAAAAGCUACAAAAGGAAUUUCUGAAUUUGUUAUACAAAUUAAUAAUAUUCCAUUUCUGUUUGUUGAUGUCGGGGGGCAAAGAUCUCAAAGACAAAAGUGGUAUCAAUGUUUUGAUUGCGUUACUUCUAUACUUUUUCUUGUUUCAUCGUCAGAAUUUGAUCAAGUGUUGUUAGAAGAUAGGAGAACAAAUCGGUUAGAAGAAUCAAGAAAUAUAUUUGAUACAAUAGUUAACAACAUGAUAUUCGGUGGUGUAUCUAUUAUUUUAUUCUUAAACAAAACUGAUUUAUUGGAUAAAAAAGUAAGAUCACCCGACACAAAUGUUCGUUGGUAUUUCCCACAAUUCACAGGAGAUUCACAUUCCAUGAAGGAUGUGCAGAAUUUUAUACUAGACAUGUUUAUAUCUGUUAAAAGGGACCCAAGAAAACCUCUUUUUCAUCACUUUACUACCGCUGUUGAUACAGAAAAUAUAAAAGUUGUGUUUAAUGCAGUCAAAGACACAAUUUUGCAUAGAAAUCUGGAAUCGUUGAUGCUCCAAUAAUGAUGAAUGUGUGUAAAAAAAAAA